CCGCCGCCUGGGGCCCUUUCGGACCCUCCGCCUGAGUGAGUGCAGCCGCGGUUGUGGAGCCCAACGGGCCGGCCUCGAGGAUUGGGCGAGGGCGGCGCCUUGUUAUUGUGUAGAAUGAGCCAGGGGGACUCAAACCCAGCAGCUAUUCCACAUGCAGCCGAAGAUAUUCAAGGAGAUGACCGAUGGAUGUCUCAGCACAACAGAUUUGUCCUGGACUGCAAAGACAAAGAGCCUGAUGUCCUGUUUGUGGGAGACUCCAUGGUGCAGUUGCUACAGCAGUAUGAGAUAUGGCGAGAGCUUUUUUCCCCCCUUCAUGCACUGAAUUUUGGUAUUGGUGGUGACACAACAAGGCAUGUCUUAUGGAGACUGAAGAAUGGAGAACUGGAGAAUAUUAAACCUAAGGUCAUCGUGGUCUGGGUAGGAACAAACAACCAUGAAAAUACAGCAGAGGAGGUAGCAGGUGGGAUUGAGGCUAUUGUACAGUUGAUUAACACGAGGCAGCCACAGGCCAAAGUCAUCGUACUGGGUCUUCUCCCUCGAGGUGAAAAGCCCAACCCUUUGAGACAAAAGAAUGCCAAGGUAAAUCAGCUCCUCAAAGUUUCUCUGCCCAAGCUUGCCAAUGUUCAGCUCUUGGAUACAGAUGGGGGCUUUGUGCACUCAGAUGGUGCCAUCUCCUGCCACGACAUGUUUGAUUUCCUACAUCUCACAGGAGGGGGCUAUGCAAAGAUCUGCAAACCCCUCCAUGAACUGAUCAUGCAGCUGUUGGAGGAAACGCCUGAGGAGAAGCAAACCACACUUGCCUGACUGGCUCCCAUCAGUGUUAACAGCAUCACAGCCUCAUCUGAUCAGUUAUAUCACUGGCACUACAGAAUCCUUCUCUUUCUUAAAGCACUUUCCAUUUUAGAAUGUUCCUGGAUGUUCAUAUCUAGUGUUUGAAGGGGAGGGGGGGAUUUAAACUGGUCUUGUACAUAAAAAGGUUUGAUUUAACUACAAAAAAAAAAAUAGCAAAGGAAGGUUAUUGUUUUUAAGAUAUUCUUCAGUUGAAACCAGAACGGGACUUUUUUUAGUUGAUUGUGUGACGCUCAUUGCAUCAUCAUUGUUUGUUCUCCCUAGGACCACAUCAGCCUAAGUAAUGAACAAUACCCAAAUUCCUUUGUUCUUCCUUUUCUAUGGAUUAUGUAAUAUGUAAUAAUUUAGCUUGUUAUCAGAAUCACAUUCCACUUUGCUUAAAAACAGAUGUUUUUUCCAGUUUUAAAGGUUUGUAUUUUAGGUUUCUUUAAUGUGACUCAUGUUCUGGAUUUUUUUUUAAACUGUAGCACCAAAUUGAAUAUAAUGGCAUUCAAAAAUGGGAGGUGCUAGAGGUAGUAAUGGAUGUGUUCUGUUCUCUUAAUUUCCCUCUUGUGCUUCUUUUAUAAGAUCUUAGCUGUAACCGACAGGUUUUUACCCUAAUCUUUGGAAAAUGUUGGAAGAUUUUAUUUUUUAUGCUGCUUGAAUAUCAUGUCUCUAAUGGACCCACUCUUGCAUUUUCUCUCCUCCCCUCCCCAUUUUUUGGUCCAUGUUGACAUAUGUCAUUACGAGAUUUUAACAGUUCUUUUGAUCUAAGAACUCUCUUUUCUCAUAAGUGUGAAUCCCCAGACAGCUAUUCCCAUAACAUUACUGGCAUCUCAUUCUUGUGUGGUGUUCUGUGCAUUUUGAGAUUCUGUGCAGUGCUGUCCAUGUUCCAAAUUCUGAUUUUUAAAUUUUUUUUUUAAGAAGGAUCUGUCAUUCCCUUAAAAAUCUGUUAUUUUUUUCCCUUUUGGAAAAAAAUGAGUAGUUUCCCUUUCCACAAAACCUAAAAUUAUUUAAAGCCUUAUCAGGUCUUAAGGUGUACAUUUUUGUUUAUUGAUAUUAUUUUUACAGAUGUUUUAUUCCAGCAGAAAUUGGCCUUUACAAAAGGAGAAGCAAGUGUAGCUUUGCUUUCUAGAGAAUUCUUCCUUCCUUGCUUCAUAUUCUAAUAAGAGAAUUAGGUUGGUAUAAAUCAUAGGGUUCCUUCUGAAUGUAUUUAUACAUUACUCCUCCUCCCAAGAUCUUUUCAUAAGUGGGCUUGAUAUAUUUUUCAGUUUGCCUGAGAAAAAAGGAAAGGCUUUUAAAGUGGGGGUGGGAGGGGAAGGGAAAAUAUAGCUAAGAGUUCAUUGUAUACCUAUGGGAAAUAUACAAACUGGAAUUAUAAAAAACAUAACUUUAAACUGGACUAGAUGUUUAUUGCAGUAACCAGUUAAGGUCUGACUUACUCUGUGCUGCAGUGAUUGAGAUUACUAGUAUCCAAGAUCUAACUAGGAGGACAUUCAUGUAUGGUCUGUGCUUUGCUUUUAAAGCAAGUGGCUGAUUUAGAUGUGAGCAUUAGUGUUGUGACCCACUUUUGUUUAAGCAGAAGGGAAUGAAGGGAUUUGGGCUGUUGUUCUCUCUUCCCCGCCCCCCUCCCCCAAACCUUCUGUGACUUAGAGUCUCAGUUGAAGGUUUAAAAGCUUUUGAAAACUUUUUUAAUGGUAUACAUCAUUUUCCUAUUACGUCAUGUGUUUCCUCACAAAAAACAUACAUGCUGCUCAUACAAAACUUGUUUGCUACAUUAAAAUUUCCCUUUGAUUUUGCUCAUGUUCUAAGGUUGUUCAAAAGAGGCCUUCCUUUAGUUGAGGCAUAGUUUGGGGGGUUUAGAGUUUGACUAGAGAUUACCCAGGGCUAUGUCCUGUUAUUUUCUGAAUAAGAAGAUUUCUUAUCAUCCAUAUCUCCUUUUAGGAUGUCACCUGGUGGCAGUGCAGUCCCAGUUAAUUAAAUUACCCCUUAUAGCAUGUGCACUAGUUCCUUUCCUAAGGGGUCACUUCAUUUCUUAAAACUCUGCAUUUCCUUUUCCUUCUGUAUAUGCUCCCUCUCAUAUUAGUACAUUUUAUAAUCACCAGAGCUACUGGUAAUCGUGGCAGUAAUAUGGAGUCUUACUGCCUUUUAAGCAGAAAAAGAGAAUUAUUUUGCUCCUUUGCUAACAUCCAACUAUCAAGUCCAAUUUAUUUUCUUGCCAAGUCUAUUUCAUCACCAGAAAGUCUUGUGUGCUGUUCUUUUAGCAAUGCCCUAAUUUCCUGCAGUGAUAGAACUUGAAGCCUACACUCUGAAUUCUGCUCCCUCUCGUGUGGUUCUUUUUAUAAAAAGCUCUAAUUUAUUGCUUGAGUUAAAUGUGCUGGCUGCUAAUUGUGAUAGAUUUACCCAUUGUCCAGGCAGCUGAGCAGAGGUAGUUUUACCUAUCUCCUUGCCAGUUUUCAUUCGGAAUUCUCUAACCUCACUCCUGCUAUCGUGUGUGGCCAGGCAUUCUCUUUUCUUUGCUAAGCCAGCCAGUCCCAACAUAUUUUGUCAUGGCUGCUGAGGUCAUUUAUUCAGUGUUUGGUUAUUGAAUUUCAGUGCUACCCUGCCAAGGGCGACCUGAGACAUAAGUUUUUCAUCUGACAUCCAUAAGCAGUGAGGUCUACGGCAACAUUAGGUUAUCUGUUUAAAUGUGGCUUUUCAAAAGAACCUCAAACCAAUGAAACAAACAAAACAAAAACUAGUGGGGGUCUCUGUCCUCCAUCAUGUCCUUUCAUUUAAAAAAAAAAAUCUUAACUGGCUGUGAAAACCCCAAUCCUUUCCCUUUUUUUUUAACCUAGUCGCUGUUUACAGCUGUAUGCUGAAGCCUGAAAUAUUGUCUGUACUGUGGUGUGUGUGAGCAUUGCCAAUUUUAUAUUUAUUGCAAUGAUGAAGAAAUAGAAAAGGUGUGGAAAUGAGGAGCAUGUCCAAGCUCUUAAAUAUGAAUGGAUGCAUGUGGGAGAACUGAGGUGGGGCCACCAGGGAAGAAGACUUUUUUUUUUAAGAGCUUUCCUGGCUUCUCCCUGAUGUUCCUGCUUGGGGAACACCGCUGCUAGCUGACCGGACCUCCCCAAGGGAAGUUUGUGAUUCUGCUUUGGCAAAGUUGCAUUGACUGGUAGAAAUCACUCUGUUGUAGUGCAGAUUUCAAUAUAAAUGUAAACAUUUCAUCCAACCAUA